AUGUAGAAAACACAUGUAGUCCCCUCCGGUUUCACCGGUAGGGGACUUAUAAACAAUGGGGAGAUCCUACAAAGAAAAACUAUGCAUGGGCCUGGAAACAUGUGCUUCAUUACUGCGUGAUAAGUUGUUUUUUCACCUGAAAGACAAGAACUUCAGUGAUAUUCAAAGCUUUCUUCAAGAUGAGGAUGUUUUUCAUAGUUUAUAUCGACUUCAUCCAAAUCCGUCACAAACGUGUCAGUGCGGCCGACUGAUCGCUCUUCGAGGAAAGAAAUCUUUAUUUCCCAACCAAUGGAAUCUACUGUAUAAAGGGAGUACAUGUGCCUCUGAUAUUCAUGGAUUCAGACCCAAUCCUGAUCUGAAGUUAGAGAAACUUGAUAUUUCAUUAUUAGUUACCAUUUUUUUAAAGUGUGUAAUUUUCCGCUUUGAGUAUCUAGAAAAAGUUGCAAGGGAGCAAAGGUACGUGUCAGUAGAAGAUCUCAUCCAAACAAGCCAGCACUACUUGUGGUCAGCAUGGAGACCUACAGAAAAAUGCAAAUGUGGAACAAUUUUACAUGGCAGUCCAAAGACUCGAAGACUUACACAAAAUCAAUGGGACGCAUUAUUCGAUUGUGAUGCUUCUGUGCCUUGCAACUAUUCCGUAAAGAACCCAAUUAAUUCCUCUGAUAUUGAUAUUGAAACAAUCGAAAUUAUUCUAAGAAAAAACCCACAGAAGUGCGAUGAACUAGUAUACAUAGAGGAAAUUCAAGCAAUUAGAAAUAAGGUGUAUCAUUCUGGAGAUGAUUGGAAAGAAAAGGAUUUUGAAGCACAAUGGACGGAACUGAAAGCUGCAACUUUAGCUAUAGCUGGAAGGACAUUAACCAAUUCAGAAUUAUUUUACACCAGAAGAUUUGAGGAAAUAGAAACAUUGGACAAUUUAAGUACUUUUCUAAUUUUACAAAGAUUAGAUAGUGUCCCAGAAAAAGUGAGAGCAAAAAUGGAGAACUCUCAGAGAGAAAUUGAAGCUAACAUAAAUUCUAACUUUGUGCCAACAAAUGUGUACAAAAGCGCUCUGAAUAUAGUAAAACAAGAAAGAGUUGUUUUAUUGAAAGGAAAAGCAGGAGAAGGAAAAUCGUAUACCGCUUACCAAAUUGCAUGGGCGUGUUUAAGGGACUCAAGAGAAGAAAUAAUCCCCAAUGUGCUUAUUGUCCGAAAUGCAAUAGAAUGGAGUGAAUAUGUUAGUUCUUGGAAUUGCGAAAACACCAUUAUAGUUCUUGAUGAUUUUCUCGGAAAAUAUGCAGAUGAUGAAAAACAAGCUACAUUAGCACCAUGGCUCUCUCUUAUCCCUACAAUACGGUCAACAUUAACAGAAACAAAACGUAACAGUUGUAUUCUUGUUAUUUCAGAAUAUACGUACCGGGUCUUUAAAAUUGCAAUUGAGAAUACUAUCAUGCGGGCAUUUCCAGUUGCUUGCAAGAUAAAAGAUAUGUUCUUGAGUACAACAGAGCGUUUACAAAUUUUAAAGAGCUACAACAAUACAUUAAAUCAAGACCUUUCAGAAAAAAUUGUUGACAAAGUAGAGCAGCUUGAUGUUUUUGGUUUCCCACAAUGUUGUAUAAUGUACAGUAACAAGUCAUUAAAAGACGAAAACACAUUUUUGUCAACGAUAGAAAACUUUCUGCAAGAAGAAGUUUCCCAACUUCCAAAAAAAGUCAAAGUCAUCAUAGACACGCUUAAAAAGUGCUAUGGGAGGACGACAGAAGGAUACUUAGCUUCUGCUCUGAAAGACAGUUACAUAAAAUUAGAUUUAUGUAAUAACAUUUUUAUUUUGCGUACGCGUACUUCCCAAGGUACCAAUUUCGUAGAAUUAAUUCCAGUUCUUGUCGUAUCUUUACCACCGUUACCUCGGUCACACAAACUGUGGUAUAAAUGGAUAGAACUGCGUGCAUGGAUCAUAAAUCAAAUCGAAAGAGGUUUUGCAAUAUUUCUAGGAAACCAAUCGCUUCCAGUACAAGAUGUUACAAGGAUGUUACAAGGUUAAUUGUUAAUUAAGCGGUUUAUUUGUCUGACAAUAAUUAAAUACACUUUGUACAUGAUUGUACAUACUCACAUGUAUAUCAAACAAGAGUAUGUACAAUAAUGCAAACUUUAAGGAAUAAUUUUGUGACAAUUUCGAUGCUUUGUGAUUGUUUCCGUAGCUAGUUGAUUUACACAUGUAAUACUAGUUAUCCAUUUAUUAAUCAUUAUCCAUAUGCUACUUUUCGUGUUUUAGAACUAGGUCAAUGCUAGGAAUGGUAAUUGAAGUAAGAUUAUCCAUGUAAUGCUGGAAGAAGAUAAUGUACUUUUAGCAGUGCGAUUUUAACCAUAAAAUUACUUCAUUUCUAAUUAUCAA